ACAGGGCGACCAUAGAUAAAUGGGAAGGCGAUGUCAAUUAUGGCGGACGGAAGAACUUAUUUAAUUCGGAUAGUAACAUUUAUAUUAUUUGCAGGACAAUAUUAUGGCGUUAAUGGUGGUUGUGCUACGGGAAUCGACGGGAGUAGUCCUAUAAUACCAUGCGAGUCUACAGUAGAAGAGAACUGCUGCGGGUGUCCCUUUAAGUUUUACGAUCCUGUCGAUUCACGUCCCAAGACACCAAUAUCUGUGAUAAGAUGGGGCAAGUGCACAGAUGAAGAGUGUAUUGUUCCUUUGGAAACAGACGUAUGUUCAAAGACGUUACAAGAACUCAACAAGGUAGCGGAGCUUCCGAUACCUGAGCGAGAGAAUAAAAAACUUUGUGGUUUGGACAUAAUAGUGACAGUGAAUGUCAGAUCGGGCGUAACAAAGGGAGUUGAUUCUAAUCUAGUCUACGAGAAGAUACGUCAGUUUCUGGUGAGAUUUGUAGAGGAAUCACGUAUAGGCCCAGAUAAAAGUGGGACACAAAUUGGUCUUAUUUCUUACUACAAAUUCCUAAGAACCCAUUUUAGUAUGGACGCCUCUCUAGAUGCAUCGACUCUGCUAGGUCAGAUCAAAAGUGUCGACUUUAAUACUGCUUUUGGUAAAAAGGCCCAUCCUCACAAAUCAUUUACUGAAAUAAGAACCGGAGUGAAUAACUUCAACAACAGCAUUCUUGGGCAUCGACCGAAAAAUCAAAAUGUGGUCAUUGUUUUCGAUGAUGGUAAACCAACACAUCGCACGUACAAUAAAAUGUUGCAGGCUGCGAACAACUUGAAAAAGAUUGCACAGGUUUUUGUGAUUGGAAUUGGGGUUCAAGGUAAAGACAAACAAAAAUCAAAAGAGCUUCGUAUUUUGAAAGAAAUGGCAUCUGUGGAAGAUCAGGUCGUAACGACGUCAAUGUGGGAUUAUAGGAACAACAUAGACGAUCUGGUGUUCAAAACCAUUGAUAAGCUGCCAAGAUAUUGUGAAAUAGUGUUGCAUGGAGGAUCAUCUUAAUAAAUUGGUCGUUUAAAAGUUAGCAACAGUUCAUGUUUUCCAUAAUAAAAUACUGUGUGAAAAUGUCGCGUAUGCCCGUGGCAAUGUUAAUAAAAGUACGAGGGUGCUAUGGGUGCUGUCCCCUAUACAAUCUUUGAUUGUGCUUUGAGACAGUUUUGUACUUUCAGAAU